AUGUUACUUGGCCUAGUAAAUGCCAUCAAUGGGAACGACCGAGCUGCUUACAAAGAAAAGGGUGGACGGCUGGAUUUGAACCCAUUUGCUGCACGCGCCAUAAGGAUUUAUCUGAGGGAAGUCAAAGAGAGUCAAGCUGAAGCUCGUGGAAUUCCUUAUCAGAAAAAGAAAUGGAAACUAAAACCCACCGUUAUGUUGGAUGUGGACUUAACGAGUGGAAUCAUCGUGUGA